GUAAAAAAUUGCACUGACGUCCAUUCUGCUUGUGAGUAUUAUGGUCUGUCGGGAAUUCAGAGCCUUGCUAACGUUAGCCAAGCUAACGGUGGGUAAACAUGGAGCUCUCUGCUGUCGGGGAGAGGGUGUUCGCGGCCGAGUCGAUCAUCAAACGGCGAAUCAGGAAGGGUCGGGCUGAAUAUCUGGUGAAAUGGAAGGGCUGGUCUCCGAAAUACAGCACCUGGGAGCCAGAGGAGAACAUUCUCGACUCUCGCUUGUUCGUCGCCUUUGAGCAGAGGGAACGGGAGAGGGAACUGCACGGCCCCAAAAAGAGAGGACCCAAACCCAAGACGAUCCUGCUGAAGGCUGAGACAAAAGUUAAACCCCGGUCUUAUGAGUUUAGGAGUGAAACUUUAAGAGGGAUGCACAUCACCUACCCCAACGCUGAGCCAGUGGUCACCCCACGGGCCAGGGAGGGCCUGAGGUCUGUGGUACCAAACAUUUUUCCUCCAGGCACUGUCAACCGUGGAGACAGUGUGUGUGUAAAACCAAUAGAACUGCCCAGAGAGCACAGGCCAGCCUCGCUCUACCAGAGUAACCGCGAAGACCGAGACCACAUACCUAAAAAGAGAGGGCCCAAGCCCAAGCCGCGGUUAGAUGAACCUGGAGACUCUGAGCUGCUCAAUAGGAGACUGGAGGAGCAUCCACACAAACUGAUUAAGCUGCCGAGCGGUCAAGAGAUGAGACUGCUCAAAGUAAGUCACAGAUACCCCGAGGGUCACAAACACCACCACCAUAAACGCCACAGACACCAUCCAGAGGUGUCUGGAAACUCCCAUAAGAUUCUGUACAUGGACUACAGCCCACAGAUGCACUCUUUCAGGAUGAAAGACUCGUCCAGAUACAUGGCCCCUGCCCAUUUCAAACACCAGAGUCAACCUGUCCAGCUGCAGCGGAUGGAGAAACCGAACUUAUUAGACAGGCCUUCACCAACCCCCUUGGAAGAUGACCUGGAAGAAGUUACAUGGAGGCCAUCACUGGCCAGUGCGGCAGAAAUUCUGGUCACUGACGUUACCAGCAACCUGCUGACUGUCACCAUCAAGGAGAGCAACACUGCAAAAGGCUUUUUCAAAGAGAAGAGAUGAGACGGGUUCUUUUGUCCAUUACUAUUGUAAACAAAAUUCGUUUUUAUAGUUUGUUAAAAAGAAAAAAAACUCUUUGGAAAAUGUUUAUUAUAAAGAUAGACUUCUAUUGAUUGUUUUGGCAAAAUAAAGUCUAUGUCCCAUAGUGCACAUGAUUUAGAACCAUGUUUCUUUUACAGAUACCGCCUGUAAAUUUUCUUAAGAAAAAAAAAUUUUUUUGUUGUUAUUUUUGCCUACAUCAUUUACUGUCAGAGGUGUAUUUUUGUCACAUCUUGUGCUCGAAAACCGGUGUGGAAUUAAUCUGGGAUUACACGUAAAUUGUUCUAGAUUAAAUCAUAUUUAUGAUAAAUUUAUAAUUGCUGAUAAGACUGAAAGUGGCCCUAUUAUAUUUAACAGAAUAUAUUUAAAUGAAAAGUACAGAAGCACUUUGUUUAGGAAACGAUUGAUGUUGAACUGCCCCAGAUUCCAAUGUCAUAGCAUUUCAUAUGUAAAUAUGAAAAUUUUCCUGUGAUCAAUUUAAUUCAAAUUGUACGUACGUUUCAGUAUAUUUACCAUUUUUUUUCAUAGCAACUGCGCUUUAUUUUAACAAUUUCGAGUUUCAAUAAAUCUUUUAAUCCAUUUUAAAUGUCCAUGAUGUUUAAGUUGUCCGGGUAUUUCUGUGUUUUAAGUCAUGUUUUUGUCAUGUCGUUUGAGAGUUUGUCCGAUUUUUAUUUUGUUUGAAAUAGUCAUACCGCGAUGAAAGAAAAUAGAUCGAACAAAAUAACCUUGCCAGUUUAUUGUAGUGGAUGCGGAAAUCCUCUCUGCUCACUUCAACAACCACCGGGCUUGAUCCGUUAUUCCCGACAUACGACAAUUUAAUGACCUGUGUGCGCGCAAAAACCUGAAUUAGAUCAAUGAUUUGCUCGUUUAUUAACAUUGGAGCCUAUUUUCUUCAUGUUAAUAUUGGGAGUACUUCAUACUGGGGGAUACUUCCUGUGUCUGAGCUGGAUACACCACGGUAAAAGAACAUAUGUGUAUCAUUUGAAAUGUAUUGGGUAGCGAGUGAGUCCAUUAUUAUCUCUAAUUUGUUCGGCGGUUCCGGUUCGAGGCCUCAAGCGGGGAACAUCAGCCAU